GAAGACUCGACGCUGUCAAGGAAACGGGCACGCGAAGCGCAUCGUUCUGAAAUGUAUUAACAACUGAGCCUGUCUCGGGCUGUGUUAUUUACAUUAGGCGGUAUAAAAAAGCCGCUAUAAUUGAGCAAGGCGUGCGAUGUAAAGCUAUACAGUCAGAGAGUGCAAUAGAAGGACCGAAAUCGAGACGAAGCGCCAGCCAACACAGCAGUAGUCAGUCAUGCCACUGGUUAAGAGGAGUAUCGAGCCCAAGCACCUGUGCAGAGGAGCUCUGCCUGAUGGAGUGCCCAGUGAGCUGGAGUGCGUCACCAACAGCACCCUGGCGGCCAUUAUAAAACAGCUGGGCAGCCUGAGUCGUCAUGCGGAGGACAUCUUCGGGGAGCUGUUUAAUGAAGCCAACAGUUUCUACCUGCGUAUGAAUAACCUGCAGGAGAGGGUGGACCUGCUGGCUAUCAAAGUCACCCAGUUGGACUCCACCGUGGAAGAGGUCUCUCUGCAAGAUAUCAACAUGCGAAAGGCCUUCAAGAGCUCCACCAUUCAAGAUCAGCAGGUGGUUUCCAGGAGUUCAAUUCCUAAUCCUGUCCUUGAGCUCUACCAUCGUGGAGACAAACCUCCACCACUCAAUAUACUCAGCCCUUACAGAGAUGAUAAGAAGGAUGCGCUGAAGUUCUACACAGAUCCCUCCUACUUUUUUCACUUGUGGAGGGAGAAAAUGCUACAAGCCACAGAGGACAAAAGAAAGGAGAAAAAGAGACAGAAGACCAGCGGCUCAGGCCAGACUCAUACAGACCAGACUAAGUCCCACUCCAGGCAGGCCCUUCUCAGAAGCCCCCUUCUGUCCUCCGAGCAGCAGAAGCAGGUGGAGGAUCCCAGUCGUGAAGUAAAAAAGGUCCGUAAAGCCCGUAAUCGCAGGCAGGAGUGGAAUGUUAUGGCGUAUGACAAGGAGUUCCGCCCUGAUGCACGAUUCACACCUUCUCCAUACCACGGCAUGUCAUCAGAGGGCUCCCUUUCACCUGACAACAGGUCUGUUGCCUCAGACGUGGGUGAACACUCUUACCCAGGCAGCCCAAGUCACCUGGGUCAGCAGAUGGCCAUGACCAGUGCCUACUCCACCACCGAUGGCAAAGAUCACCUCAUGGCCCCCUCUCAUGUCCAGACCCAGUCAUUGGACCGUGGUUACCGCCCGGCUCCUUCCUCCUCUGCUCCAACUGGGAGACAGACCAUUGGCAGGGUUCAGGCCUCCCACGGACAACCAAUCACAGACCCUACCCUCAAUGGACCACGCCCACUGCAGGCUAAAGACUUCAGUGGUCAGCCGUCUCAGCAUCGAGAGUAUUUUGUACCUCCUGCACCUCCUCCCCCUCCUCCUCUCAUUCCUUCUGCCCAGACAGCUUUCGACAGCCCCACUGGCCCCUCCUCUGCUCCAUCCAGUGCUGUGCAAUCCCUCACCCAAUCCUACAACCCCUGUCCACCCACUCCUGCUCUCCCUGCUUCCUACACCCCUUCUCCAACCCAUCCACCCCCUGCAGCACCACCUCCACCUCCACCUGGACCACCUACACAUCCUCAUGCACACCCUCAUACACACACCAUGCCCGCGGCUAUGGCAGAAGCACCGGUUGUCCCCAGGAAGGGCCAGGUACCCCUGAUUCCAAUAAGCGAUGCUCGCAGCGACCUGCUGGCUGCCAUCAGACGAGGGAUCCAGCUGCGUAAAGUGCAGGAACAGAGGGAGCAGGAAGCAAAAAAGGAGCCAAUAGGGAACGACGUGGCCACCAUAUUAUCACGUCGCAUUGCCGUGGAGUACAGCGAAUCGGAUGAAGACUCUGAGCUGGAAGAGAACGAGUGGUCAGACUGAGUCAAGAAAAACAAAUAUAGAGGAAAGACAAAAUAAAGUAAAAGAAAAGAGAAGUAAGGGAUGUGUAGGCUUUGGAAAACAGAAUUAUAAGGGCUGUGUUACUACAAACUAUCAAAGAGACAGAACUGAAAACUUUGGAACUUUAUAUUCUAUAUCACACUUUAAUUGAAGCCUUGUCAGGGAAGUUUAACCAGAACUUUUGACCCUGUGGAACAUUGUAAGGUCAGCACAGCGGGCCGAAGUCCACUGCCUGAGACUUCAUCACUUACUCGAAGUGUGGUGGUCCUACCAUCUGUUCUCUUUCCGGCACUCUCUCUUUCUCACUAACCUUAGAGCAUGACCUCAUAAUUAAUAGAACAGCCUGCUGAGAAACCACGCAAUGCUAAUUUUAGUACAACUAGCCCAGGACUGCAGCUCAUAAGAAAGGGGAAAUAGUUUACACUUUAUACACUUAAAGUUUACAGUAAACUUUUUAAUGUUUCCAUGUUCCCAAAGAAAAGGCCACAUUUUGACAUGUUGAGUGCUGGGUGACAGAGCUGCAGAUAACAAACAACUUUUAAUUAAACUCACAUGUCUGCAUAGCAAUAUGAAUGGGCAAUUUGCUCAUAUAGAGCACAAAUACAUGGUAGAUAUUUAGUUAGAUAUUUGUCUGUUUGCGGAAUUUGAAAUAUUUCAAUGUUAUUAAUGUUUUCGUCCUAAACAUCCCAGCGAAUGGAAUGGAUUCAAGGGUUUUCACUGUAUGGAUUAUUUAAAUUAUUUAACUAUAUCUAACACAUCUAAUGUAAGAUAUAUUGAAAUUUUGUGUUAUUUAUCUUGGGUAUAAAACAUAUUUGAGGGAUGGCAGGAGGCUGGCUGAGUUAAGUAUGCUUUACGUCUUUAGUGAUGCCAUUUCCCCUAAUCUAUUUUAUUAAAAGUACUUGGCGGGUUUGGAUUAAUUGAAUUGAGUUUAGUUUUUUCUUUAGGGUUUAUAUGCUCUCUUCUUGGCUUCAAGUCAUUUUUGGAGGACUUUGGAACUAUAUUCAUUCUGAAUUCACCAAUACAAAACUGUGAUUGCUGUUGCCUGUGGGCAAUUACUGGUAGUGCAACUUCAAAUGACUUAAAAAAAAAAAAAAAAACUGGAGUGGGCCCAUGUGCUUGGGCAAUAUGGGCCAAUUAAACACACUUUAUCACUACCUUACUUAAAUACUUUGUUUUGAGGUUCAAGUGGUGCUGUGUUAGUAGUUAUGGAUUGUAUCUUUUACUGUGUCAGAAAUGAUCACUCUAUGGGUUCUCCCCCUUCUGGUUACUGUUUGACCUGGGGUAGUGUACAUCCAUAAACACAAAUAGAAAUUAACAGUUUGUUCUGUUACUUCUGUAAUUCUAGGUUAGGUGUCAGUCUUGGAUUUUAGUUUUUUUGCUUUAGUGUUUUAAUUUUUUUUACUUUUUCUUGCCCAUAUCUUGGGCGAUUGACGUGCUAAAUAUGCUAAUUUGUACAGAAUAAAAGCACUUCAGUAUUUUUGCUUUUAUUUUGUAUUUAUUUACUUUAACGUGCCACUCACACCUGCACAGACGGACGUUUAAACUCCCAAACUUAACAGCUAUCACAAGCUGUGCUUUAGCCUGUGUUUUGUAUGUAAAGAAUAAAGUCUUCUGUGUUUAAGUAAUGUGAUAUAUAGGACUUUGUUGAGACUGCAGAACUUUAAUUAAGAAAUGACAAGAGAAUCAUUGUAUCUAAAAAAAAAAAAAAAAAGUACAGUGCACUGUAGGCAAAUGCAUGUAUGGACUGCCAUUAAAGUGCUUCUUAAAACA